AUGGCCGCAGUCGAGCCUGGUUUUCCCCGCCCAAAUCCAACGACCUCGUGGUGGCUCCAGAAAGCUCAAGCGGCAGCUUUGCUAGGCAAGGGCUAUCGCACCACGCCAGAACUCCCUUCCAGCUCAGACGUUACAAUCGUGGGCUCUGGCCUGUCUGGCGCCGCGACUGCCUAUUUCCUACUCACAAGCCAGUCGCCACCUGCAAGUGUGACGCUCAUCGAGGCCCGCGAGAUUUGUGAUGGUGCGACGGGCAGAAACGGUGGCCAUUGUAGACCGGAUUGUUAUCGAGACUAUACGCAUUACAAGGCCGAGUUUGGGAAGGAACAGGCGUUGAAGAUCAUCCAGAACGAGAUGGACACGUUAGAUCUUCUUGAGGAGCUGGUCCGCAAAGAAGGCAUUGACUGCGAUUUCUGGAGAGGCUUUUCGUAUGAUGUGCCGAUGGACGAAGAAGGCGCGGCAUUUCUCUCCGCUUCAUACGAAGAGUUCGCAGCAGACGGUGGACCAGUCGACAUCAUCACUCGCAUCCUUGACCCUGCCCAAGCAGCCAAAGUGACCCGUUGUCCCCGCGCGACCGCCAGCUACAAGUUCCCGGCUGGUUCCCUUUUCCCCUACAAAUUAGUCCAAAACCUUCUCGAUCUCUGCGUUCGGAAACAUGGCCUCAACAUCCAGAGCCAAACACCCGUCCGAAAGGUCACGCAGGAAGGGAAUAGAUGGAGCCUACAUACCGACCGCGGGAUUGUCGACAGCGCAAAAGUGGUUUUCGCAAUGAAUGCAUUCACAUCAACGCUUUUGCCGGAAUUUUCUGGGCAUAUUUGGCCGUUCAAGGGCCAGUGCUCUGCUGUUCUCCCACCGAAAUCAUACUUGGGUAACAUCGCCCUCCAAUGCACAUAUAGUCUGAAUUAUGGCGACUAUCUUAUUCAGCGACCCUCGGACGACAUAAUCAUUUUCGGUGGUGCGAGAAGAGCCGUCCCUGUAGAGCAGCUACUCGGCAACACGGAUGACGAGUCAUUGCUGCCAGCCAUGACUGAUACGCUGAAAAGCUCGCUUCCGGCAUACUUUGCAGAUUGGGCAGAGGGAGAGGGCGAAGUCCUCCAUGUCUGGAGUGGCAUUAUGGGUUAUACGAGCUCGGGAAUCCCGUUUGUCGGGGAGAUCCACGACAAGCCAGGCGCUUUUGUGUGCGCGGGACAUCAUGGACAUGGGAUGGCACGAAUCUUGACUGCUGCCCGCGGUCUUGCUGCUGUAAUUCAAGGGGCGCCAUGGGCAGAGACAGGGCUCCCCGAAUGUUUUCAGCCUUCGAAAGAGCGGUUGGAGGGGGCAGCGAGGGGGAGGGCGGUUGUUCAUAAUAUUGGAAAGCAGGAUGUGGUUGGGUAA